AUGGGGAAACCACGAAUGAUCAUCCUGGUGCGCCAUGCACAGUCAGAAGGCAAUAAGAACCGCGACAUCCACCAGACUAUCCCGGACCAUCGGGUAAAGCUCACGAACGAAGGCCUCCGGCAAGCAGAAGACGCAGGACGCCGUCUUCGAGACUUGCUCCACCCGGAUGACACUCUCCACUUCUUUACCUCUCCGUAUCGGCGGACUAGGGAGACCACGGAGGGGAUCCUGGAAUCCUUGACCUCCGACACUCCGGCCCCGUCGCCCUUCCCAAGACAUACCAUCAAGGUGUACGAAGAACCUCGGCUACGAGAACAAGAUUUCGGAAACUUCCAGCCAUGCUCAACAGAAAUGGAGCGCAUGUGGAUGGAACGGGCGGAUUAUGGUCAUUUCUUCUACCGGAUCCCCAACGGGGAGUCAGCAGCAGAUGCAUAUGACCGAGUCAGUGGCUUUAACGAGUCCCUGUGGCGCCUGUUCGGCGAGGACGACUUUGCGAAUGUCUGUGUCCUUGUAACACACGGGCUCAUGGCCCGAGUCUUCCUCAUGAAAUGGUAUCACUGGAGCGUGGAGUACUUCGAGGACCUCCGCAACAUCAACCAUUGUGAGUUCGUGGUCUUGACCUUGAACCCAAACAAUGGGAAAUACACACUCCAGAACAAGCUGCGUACCUGGUCAGAUCUUCGAAAAGACAGGGAGCAGGACAACGCCCCAAAAGAGGAGGUAUCUGCCACCACUGCAUCUCCGAGCCAGCCUGAUCAUAUCCCGAUUCGGCGCAAAUGGGGUGGCUGUCCCGAUGGCUGUACGCAUGGACUUGGCGCGGAGGGCAAGCAUGCUUUGCGCACCAGCCUGCUGAACUCUAUUCAUCAGCAUAAUCAUGGCCAUGCCCAACCUAAGCACCACGAUGAACAUAAUCAUAGCUUUGGCUCCAAGCUGCAGAAAUCAAUAUCUAUAGACGACGUCGUAUCGUCUUCAGAGGAAAGUGCAGCCUACAACGAUACUAGCCGGGACAGCACCCGACCUGCCGCCAACCGACAGCGCACUGCCAGUGACGAUAGCAUCGGAGACGGCCAAAGGCACCACCACUCCAGCUCAGAAACCCGACCACGGAUCAACCCACCACCAAAGCGAUCAUCUCUGCAUGGAAUCAACCGGAGCAGCGAAGACCAGAUCUUCCACCCUCCAUCCGCCUCAUCCUCAUCCUCAGCGCAUCUGAAAUAUGCCCUCCUCCACCUAGGAGGUCGUGACGGCGGCGGUUCAAUGAGCGGAGCAAACAGUCUUGCGCCAUCCGACGACGAAGGUGACGACCACGUUCCCCAUCGCCGCACUGUGUCCACGGUUUCCAGCCUCGGGAAUGAAACUCUCUCUCACGCCAACCAGCAGCACUUCAAAUUCCCUUCAGAACCCCAGCGCCCACCCCCAUCUCAGGAACUGGAAGAUGACGGCGACGACGAAAUGAGCGGUACAUCUACCGAGCAAUUCAAGAAACCCCGCCCACACCACGUCCAUCAAUACCAGUACUUCGAGUCGAGCCAGUCCGAGCAUCGCAUGGCUAACAUCCUAGGCGAUGGCGAUGAGUCCUCGACGCCCUCGGACACGCAGACUCCCAGGCCAGAAGAUACAGAGUCCCAUGAUACACGCUCUCUAGAGGAACAGCGGCAGCAUGAUCGGAGUAUACAGGGGAGCGUUUAUUAA